AUGGGCAUGUCGUGUUCUGAGCAUGACGUGGUACAGCUCCAGGGGCAGAAAGCCCCCGAGGGUUUCCAGGACAUUUCCCUGCUCACUUCCUAUGAAGUUGUAACUCCCCAGAGAUUGGGAAGGGAACGACGAGAGGCUUCCAGCAGCUCCUCCAUACAGGACAAAGUGUCAUAUGCUAUUGAGAUUGAGGGGAAAGAAUACACCAUCCAUCUAGAAAAGAACAAAGAACUGCUGCCCAAAGAUUUCACAGUUUAUACCUAUGACAAGGAGGGAAAGCUGCAAUUGGACCAUCCAGAUGUCCAGGAUCACUGCCAUUAUCAGGGGUUCGUGGAGGGGAGCCUGGAUUCCCUGGUGGCUGUCAGCACUUGCUCAGGGCUCAGGGGUUUGGUGACAAUAGGGAAUGUCACCUAUGGGAUUGAGCCCAUGGAUCCCUCUUCUGGCUCUGAACACAUUUUAUAUCGACUGGAUCAUGUGAAGAAAGAGCCCACAGCGUGUGGAGUAAGCACUGAAGGCCAGGAAGGGGAAGCUGCAGAGGGAAAUCUCCAUCCCAGCAUGACCCAGCUGCUGAGGAGAAAGAGGGCGGUCCUGCACCAGACAAGAUAUGUGGAACUGUUCAUAGUUGUGGAUAAAGAAAAGUUUGAAGAUUUUGGGAAGAGUGAAACAGAAGUAAGAGAACAUAUGGUGCAGCUGGCAAACUUCCUUGACAGUAUGUACGUGAUGCUGAACAUCCGCGUGGUGCUGGUGGGGCUGGAGAUCUGGAAGCACGAGAACCCGAUCAGCACGGCCGGGGGCGCUGGGGACGUGCUGGCCAGCUUCGUGCAGUGGAGGGAGAGGAGCCUGCUGCAGCGGCGGCGGCACGACAGCGCCCAGCUGGUCCUGAAGAAGGGUUUUGGUGGCACAGCUGGAAUGGCCUAUGUGGGAACAGUGUGCUCCAAGAGCCACGCAGGAGGCAUUAACGUGUUUGGGAGGAUCAGCAUCCAGAUGUUUGCAUCCAUCAUGGCUCACGAGCUGGGCCAUAACCUGGGCAUGAACCACGAUGACGAGCGAGUCUGUCACUGUGGGGCAAGCAGCUGCAUCAUGAGCUCUGGAGCAUCGGGAUCGAGGAACUUCAGCAGCUGCAGUGCAGAGGACUUUGAGAAGCUGACCCUGAACAAGGGUGGGAGCUGCCUGCUGAACGUGCCCAAGCCCGACGAGACGUACAGCGUGCCCUACUGCGGGAACAGGCUGGUGGACGCUGGCGAGGACUGCGACUGCGGCUCACCAAAGGAGUGCGAGAGCGAUCCGUGCUGCGAGCCAGGAACUUGCAGGCUGCGCUCUGGUGCUGAAUGUGCUUAUGGUGACUGCUGCAAAAACUGCCAGCUCCUUCCCGGAGGCACCGAGUGUCGGGCGAGUGCCAACGAGUGCGACCUGCCCGAGUACUGCAAUGGCAGCUCGCAGUUCUGCCAGCCAGACUUCACGGUGCAGAACGGGCACCCCUGCCACGGCCAGGAGGCCUACUGCUACAACGGGGUGUGCCAGUACUACGAUGCGCAGUGCCAGGACAUCUUCGGCUCCAAAGCCAAAGCAGCCCCCGACAUUUGCUUUGCUGAAGUGAAUUCCAAGGGGGACAGAUUUGGCAACUGUGGUUUCCAUGGCCAUGACUACAAGAAAUGUUCCAGCUGGAAUGCCAUGUGUGGGAAGCUGCAGUGUGAAAAUGUGAAAGCCAUGCCUGUGUUUGGAAUCAAGCCUGCUAUUAUCCAGACUCCCAUCCGAGGCACCACGUGCUGGGGGGUGGAUUUCCAGCUGGGCUCUGAUGUCCCGGAUCCAGGCAUGGUGAACGAAGGCACCAAGUGUGGUGAUGGAAAGAUCUGCAGGCACUUCCAGUGUGUGAGUGCCUCUGUCCUGAACUAUGACUGUGACGUGGAGAAGCAAUGCCACGGCCAUGGGGUGUGCAACAACAACAGGAACUGCCACUGUGAGGCAGGCUGGGCCCCCCCUUUCUGUGAGUCCAAAGGCUACGGGGGCAGCGUGGACAGUGGCCCUCCAUACAAUGACAAGGACACCUCUCUGCGCAACGGGCUGCUCGUCUUCUUCUUCCUGGUGCUGCCCCUGCUGGUGGCUGCUGCCCUGGCCUUUGCCAAGAGGGACAGGCUGAAGAGAGGCUGCAGGAGGCUGCUGUCCCGGUGCCACUCGUCACUUCAGUCUCCUCCCGCUCGGCCAGACACCGAACCCAGGGACUGCCAGCAGAGAGGCUUCUCCCGUGGCAUGCCUUAUGCUCCAAGACCUGUACCCAUGGACGUGCAUCCAAACACCUUUCCUGUGCCAGCUUACCCAGUUAACCAGCACCCUCAGCAGGCUUUCCAGCAGCCCUACUACUCCCCAGCACAGUACCCAGUGCAGCAGCCACAGAGGGUGCCCAGCAGGUCAGUGGGGCUCCUGCAGGUGCCCAUGGCACUGGUGGGGUGAUUCCUUGUUCUGGCC